UAAACGCCGAGACUCACGUUGGCACAAUGGGCGCCGCCCGACCGCGAGGCGGAAGGCCCCAGCGCCGGUCCACGCGGGUGUCUGGAGCUUGGCGGGGCGUCCCGCCCGGUUCGUCGGAUUCCGCCGGUGCCUUCAGACGCUUCUGCCUGCUGUGCGAUUUCCAGGAGGCUGACUCAACAAAGAGCAAGGCUGGAGCCGAGAGCGGAGUGUCCGUUCACACAGCUGGACCAUGGAGCAUUUCCGGAAGACGGACGACAUCAACGUCACCACCUUGCCCAUGAUCCCUGUGGAUGAGAACCUGGCCAUCUCGCUGGCCACUCGGAAUGCAAUCAAGGAGGCUGUGAGGAAGGACCUGGAGAACAACCCACCCUCCUGCCUGGUCGGCUCCAUGCAGCAGGUGAACAGAAGGAUCGCGGAGGUCGCCCUGCUUCCCAGCCUGCCGACCAGCCGCCUGGUGACUCCAGGUGAACUGCUUACGCUUUAUGAGCCUCAGUUUCCCGGCAGCAGUAGUGUGUCCAUCUCCCAGGGUCGUCACAGGAGUGAGGCAAUUGAGAAAUUUGAGUCGGAGAAGAAGGCUGUAAGAGAGAAGAGGCACAGCAGCCCAGGAGACAGAGGCAAACUCCCUUCUCAUGGCCUCGGCGGCAAGAGACAAAGGAAAGUGGAGGACUUCUGCAAAGACCUGGACCUCAAGAACGCCCGAUCUUUCCUGACGAAAAGGAAAACAGCAGAUAAGAACCUGCUGGCAGAGCUGUACCAGUACCCAGCCUUUGACAGCGCCAAGCCAAACGAGCUUCCCAACGGGGUGGGCUUCUGCGACAUGGUGGGCAACGUGGUCCGGGCUGAGAAAAAUCCCAUCACUGGCAAGUCUUUCUGUUCAGAUAAAGAAUUAAAGAAGUUUCUCUCUUCUCCUCUCCCAAGAGCCAUGUGGCUGGACAGCUUUUGGUGGCUGUUUCACGAAAGGUACCAGCCCAACAAGGAGAUCCAGGACAAGCUGUUCGAUCGCACAGCGCGCUGCUACGCCUUCCUCCUGGUCCAGCAGCCCAGGUCCCACUAUGAAGAGGCACUGCUGAAAAGGUUGCCGUCACUUCUGAGCAGAGCCCUGUACACCAGCUUUUGCUGCUGCUUCCCGCAGUCCUGGUUCAACACGCACGAGUUCAAGUCCUACGUCUGCAACACGAUGAGCCUGUGGAUCGCAGGCACCUAUCCUUGCCCACAGGGCUACGCCGGCUGGAACUACUCCGAGCUGGACCCAGAGAGGUUCCGCAGAGAGGAGCUAAUGCUGCAGAGAAGAAGGCUGAUGAGGGGAAGAGCGUAUUCUUUCUUCACUUCUAAGAGGCUGUUUUCCCGGAAGCCAACCCAGAGCGCAAAACCCCAGUACCCUCAGGGACGGCAAGGGAGCACCUACACAGGCCCCCCGUGCUCUGUGCGCGGGCUGACCGAGUCCUACGAGCAGCUGGAGGCAGGAGACGGCUUCAGUGACUCGCCCCAGAUCGCCAGUCGGCCCCGGGAGCGCCUGCGAGGUUUCCCGCUGCGUGUCCCUCUGCCAAGAACGACGAGGGACGUCUCGGACAGUGGCAUGAAAGCCUCACCGCAAGUCAAGAGGGUAACAGAAGCACGAGAAUACGAGAACGCGCUUUCUAAACAGUCUCACCCUGCUUGCAGAAGCCCGCCUCUGACCUGGAACCUCUUCAACACGUACGGGAAGAGCCCCCUGGUUGUGCACUUCCUCCAGAACUACUGCACGCUGCCACAGCACGGCAUGGACGUGUUGGUGGUCAGGAGGGAGAGGACCACGCUGCUCCCUGGGUCCACGCUGACCUACGCCGAGCUCAUCAACCUGACCCUGAGCAGCAUGCAGAAGCGGAAGGACAACAUGCGCCAGCUGAACCGGCUCUACCGGAGCGAGUGGAACUAUUUCGACAGCUACCUGAAGGAGCUGCAAGAGAACUUCCUGAGGGACGUGAAGAAUAUCAAUAAGAGAGCGGCCGAGAAAAAGAAAGCAAGCCACAGGUUCCUCCCGCCCUCGUCCUUCACCGAGGAACAACCUGAGAAGAAGCCUGGGGGAAAUCACCACGCAGAAACUGAGUUUCUCUUAAGGAAGGAAAAGAAAGAGCAAGAAAGGGCAGAAGAACAGAGUCUGACCCUCCUCCCCGCUCACUUCGACAGCCCCAUGCACUCCCUGCCCUGGAAGGAGAGCCCUGACCACGUCCGUGACCUUUCUGAGUCCAGAGAGGCGGAGAUCACCAAGAAGCCCAGAGCAGUGCAGAAAAAGGACGCGGUCAUCCUCAGCCUCUCCCCUUCCAGCUCACACGAGUGA